CCUGUGUAAAAAUAAACUUUGCUAACGCCCAAGAGCAGCCGAGAUCAACUUGUCACGAUUUUUAUUUUAGCCGAAUAGUUUAACUCGAAACAGCCAACUUGAAAAGAUGACUGUGGAAGUGGAAAGAAAGUUUGUGUUCAGUGCUGAGACCCUGGAGACACUGGAGAGCAUUGGAGUUUGUGUUGAUCAACGCCAGUUUCACGACCAGUACUUUGACACUCCAGAGUUUAAUCUGACUUUGAGAGACAUGUGGCUACGCAAGCGAAAGGGAUGCUGGGAGCUCAAGUGCCCAAUGGCCAACAGCGCAGAAGAGCCAAGCGAGGAGCGGCCUGCGGACGCAGCGCUGUGUACUCAUUACAAGGAAAUAAGCAGUCUGUCUGAAAUCUACCAGAGAGUGAAGGAGGUCAUAAAAGUUGACUGUGAGGACAGAGAGGCGGAGACGACCCCCUCACAGGAAGACUGCUCCUGGCUGAGCAAACUGAACCUGGCAUGCUUUGCUGAGUUUACAACAACUCGACGGUCCUUCACGUUGGGGGAGGAGGGGGUGAAGAUAGAUCUGGACCAAGCUGACUUUGGCCAUCACGUGGGGGAGAUAGAGGUCCUCAUACCAGAGGGAGGAGAUGUGCAGUUGGCACAAGAGAAGAUCAGAAAUGCAGCUAAAAAACUUGGUGUUUCUGGAGACGAGCGAGUCGAUGGGAAAAUGACAACGUACCUUAAAAGGUAUCGCCCGGAGCACUACGCGGCGCUGCUCCGUGCUCGUGUUUUAUAGGCAGGAGGUGAGUCUGAUCAAAUGCACAGGAUCACUUCUGCCAAACUAAGAGCUAAAUCAAGUUUAGAUUUAAUUUUAAAGGUU